UUUGCUGCCUCCUCUGCAGCUGCCAGACCUGUUCCUGCUGCUGCUCAGGGAGAGCGUCUGCGGAGUACCUUGCUGACCACUGAGAACAUCAUGAGCGCAAGCUAUUGGAGUGAGAUGAGCAGCAGCAGCUGUGGGACUCCACAGCCCCCAGAGGUGCUGCAGUGCCAGCCCCAGCAUUACCACUGCUACCAUCAGUCAAGCCAAACCCAGCACCCACCAGAAAAAAAUGUAGUGUAUGAGAGAGUGAGGACCUACAGUGGGCCCAUGAACAAAGUUGUUCAGGCCUUGGACCCCAUCAGCUCACAGGAAGUUCUCUCUCCACUCAAAACUGCCUCCUCCUACCAAAAUUUGGUUUGGAGCAACCAUUCUCAGGAACUCCAAUCUCCAACUCUGAAAAUAUCUACUUGUCCUCCAAGCAGUGUACGUAUAACCCCAAAUACUGAACAGGAACUCCAUUCUCCAACAGUGAAAGUCACUGCAUAUCCACAGACUACUAUUAGGAGAUACAUAGUACAAAAUCCUGAACAGGAACCACUUUCUCCAUUCCUAAGAGGAGGCCAUUUCUUCCCAGGAAACAAUGUUAUUUAUGAAAAAACAAUAAGAAAGGUAGAGAAACUAAAUACGGAUCAGGAAUACUAUCCACAGGCCCAAUGCCAUCAUCACAUUGUCCAAGAACCUAGGAUCAUCCACUCUCCACAUUGUCAACAAUCCCAUUCUAGCCAACAAAUCCAAACCAUCACAGGAAGUGAUUCAAUUUCUACAAACACUGGAAAUGAACUGUGCCAUGGUGGAUCAAGCCAUAUACACAAUCAGGUGAUAAUUCAAGAUGAUGGCCCUGAAAAGUUGGACCCCAAAUAUUUUGGAGAGUUACUUGCUGAUCUAAGCCGUAAAAAUACAGAUCUGUAUUAUUGUUUAUUAGAACAUUUGCAGAGAAUUGGAGGAAGCAAAGAGGACUUUGAGUCUACAGAUGAAUCAGAAGACAUUGAAUCCUUGAUUCCUAAAGGAUUGUCAGAGUUUACAAAACAACAAAUUCGUUAUAUUUUGCAGAUGAGGGGUAUGUCUGAUAAAUCACUCCGGCUAGUGCUGUCCACAUUCAGCAACUUACGGGAGGAGCUUGGACAUCUUCAAAAUGACUUGACAUCACUGGAAAAUGACAAGGUUAGACUUGAGAAAGAUGUGGCAUUCAAAGAAACUCAAAUAAAAGAGUAUGAAGAACUUUUAGCAUCAGUGAGAGCAAAUAAUCACCAGCAGCAGCAAGGACUUCAAGAUUCAACCUCAAAAUGCCAAGCAUUGGAAGAAAACAAUCUCUCUCUUCGACAUACACUAUCAGACAUGGAGUAUAGACUAAAAGAACUGGAAUACUGUAAGCGUAAUUUAGAACAAGAGAAUAAAAAUCUUAGAAUACAGGUUUCUGAGACUUGCACAGGCCCAAUGCUGCAGACAAAAAUGGAUGAGAUUGGCAACCAUUACAUGGAGAUGGUAAAAAACUUAAGAAUGGAGAAAGAUAGAGAGAUCUGCAAGCUAAGGACUCAAUUAAAUCAGUACCAAAAAGAUGUUUCAAGAAGAGAAGGAAGUUGCAGUGACUUCCAAUUCAAGCUUCAUGAACUGACAAGCUUGCUGGAAGAGAAGGAUUCCCUUAUAAAGCAUCAGUCAGAGGAACUCUCAAAGUUGAGACAAGAAAUAUAUUCAUCUCAUAACCAACCCUCCAGUGGUGGAAGGACUACUAUUACCACUAAAAAGUACAGGACACAAUAUCCAAUCCUAGGACUCCUUUAUGAUGACUAUGAAUAUAUACCACCAGGUAGUGACACACAGACUAUUGUGAUUGAGAAAACAGAAGACAAAUGGACUUGUGUAAGUUCCCUUGUGUAUUUCUAG